AUGGGGGAUGGCGCCGUAUCCAUGACCUAUCUUGGCCCCCUGGACAGGGCCUUAACCAGGACAUACCCGACUCCUGGUUGCACAAUCAUCAAGAGAGAUAUUAAGGACGCUUUCCAAAUAGUCCCUGUCACCGAGGAUAACCAGCAUCUCCUUGCCUUCCAGUGGAACGAUUCCACUUAUGUCGAAUGCUGUCUCCCCUUCGGUCUCGCAACGGCUCCAUUUCUCUUCAACCUCUUCGCCGAGGCACUCCAUUGGAUACUCCAAUGCCUCCUACCUUUAUUCUACAUCAAUCAUUACCUAGACGACUUCAUCGCAAUUACCCAGUCUCCCUCAAUGCCCGACCCCACGGGUCCCUUCGACGAGGUUUAUAACAGAGUCACCGACUACCUACGUAUCCCUCGCAAUACUAAAAAGGACCAGCAAGGAACCUACGCUACAGUCCUAGGUAUCCAGAUCGACUCUAUUGCAAUGGAAGCUCGUCUGCCACCAGAGAAGUUGUGCCGCGCCACAUUGGACGCCGCAGCUGCCCUGAAUGCGGCGAGUCUCUCCCUCAAGCAAACAGAGCGCCUCACAGGCUUACUAGCCUUCUGUUCAAGAGUUGUCCGGCUUGGAAGAACAAGGUUACAGUCCCUAUACACCUUCCAAGCCGCUUUCCCACAUGGGAGUAGCGCGCGCCGCCGUAUUCCUUACGAGGUACGUGACGAUUUGGAAUGGUGGAGGGACUCCUUGUCUCUCUUCAACGGCAUACUCCUGAUUAACCCCUACCGCCGUACUAUCACGCAUCUCUAUACAGAUGCCUCUAGUAUAGGGCAGGGGUUCUUCUUCUUCUCAUUCAAGUCUAUAUCAGACUGCUGGCUGGCCCAUUAUGACCAGCUUCAUCAAAGUAAUGCUGCCACAUUGGCCCUUGCUCAGGACGCACAUACGCACAUCAAUACUCACGAAGUAGAUGCCAUCCACCAAGGCUUCCUACUUUUCAGCCACCAUUGGCUCCAUCAUACUCUCGUUAUCCACACGGAUAGCUCUACAGCGCACACGGGACUCAAGAAAGGCUUUCUUCAUAGUCCGCCCAACGCACCUCUAAAGAGCCUACUUAUCCUAGCGGCGGCGAGAGACAUCCACAUCAUGCCACACUGGCUCCCCUCCCGGGAAAAUGUAUUAGCAGAUGCGCUCUCAUAUAAUAAUCUUGAAGACAUUACUAACAUUUGUCCCCACUAG